AUGCAGAUCCCCACGCUUCCACUCAAAGAUGGCAAUGCUGUACCCAUGCUUGGAUUCGGCACUGGGACCACAUGGUACAAGAACAACCCAGAAGAUCCUUUGAGUCUCCAGCUCGUUGAAUUACUGAAGGCAGCCCUUGCACAGGGCUACGCACAUAUCGACACUGCAGACUCAUACGGAACUGAGCGAGAAGUUGGCCUAGCAAUACAGCAAAGUAGUAUUUCACGAGAGAAGCUCUUCAUCACCACCAAGGUUCAAGAUGGAUGGGAAGAUGUUCCGGCAGCUUUGGACGCCAGCCUUGAGAGACUGCGGUUGGAAUACGUGGAUUUGUACCUUUUGCACAACCCGUACGUAAUUGGGUCUAAUGAAGGCAUACAGGCAGCAUGGAAGGGGCUCGAGAUCGUCAAGGCGCAAGGAAAGGCCAAGUCUAUUGGCAUUUCCAACUUCCAGAGGCAUCACAUCGAAACCCUUCUCCAGACAUGCACUAUAAAACCUGUAAUGAAUCAGCUAGAAUUCCAUCCCUAUCUCCAGCGCGCCAACGAUUUCGUGCCUUGGAUGCGCGAACAUGACAUUGAGGUAUCGUCCUUCAAAAGUUUGGCGCCAAUCACGGUGGGCAAAGGUGGCCCUCUUGACGAGCUUCUUCCAUCACUUGCGGGAAAGUAUAAGGUGACAGAAUCGGUAGUAUUACUGAGCUGGUGCAUUGGGCAAAAUAUUUCCCCCAUUACCACAACGUCUAGCCAGUCUCGCCUUGACGAGUACAGCACAGCUACUGAAGUAGUGCUAGAGCCGGCGGACGUCGAGGAAAUUACUCAGGCUGGAUUAAAAUAUCACUUCAGAUGGUGGGGAAAGUACUUUUUCGAACCGGACGAUAGAUCUUAG